AUGGCGACUCAAGCAGGCAAUCCAAAUAUGGAAUUAUUAAUUCCAAUGAUCAAUCAGCUUCAACAAAUAUUUACAACUGCUAAUGCAAAAUUAACACUGACAUUACCACAAAUAGUAGUAGUCGGUGCUCAAUCAGCUGGUAAAAGUUCAGUACUUGAAAAUAUUGUUGGCCGAGAUUUUCUUCCUCGUGGUGGAAGUAUGGUUACUAAACGACCUCUUGUUCUUCAAUUGAUUACAUCACAAGGCCAGGAAUAUGCUGUAUUUGGACAUAAACCACAACAAAGAUUUGUAAAUUAUGCUGAAAUUCGAGCUGAAAUUGAGAAUGAUACAAAAGCGAUCGUACGUGAAGACAUGGGCGUUUCUAAUAUGCCUAUUAACUUGACAAUUUUUUCACCACAUGUUGUCAAUCUUACUCUAGUUGAUUUACCGGGUAUGGUUAAAGUUCCAUCUCAAGGACAACGACCUGAUAUAGUGAAAAAAAUUGAUCAUAUUAUCCUUGAAUAUAUAAGCAACGAAAAUUGUCUUAUAUUAGCUGUAACACCAGCUAAUAUUGAUCUUGUUACAUCCGAUGCUUUAGUUAUGGCACGUAGUCGAGAUCCAAUGGGUAAACGUACAAUUGGUGUAUUAACUAAACUUGAUAUGAUGGGUAAAGGACAUAAUGCUCGUGAAGUACUUUUAAAUAAAGUUGUCGUACUUGAACGAGGCUUUAUUGGUGUUGUACUUCGUGGUCAACGUCUUGAUGAAUAUGGUCGAGCAGCAAAAGAAUUAGAUAUUCCAGGUGCACUUGAACAUGAACGACAAUUUUUUAUGAAUGAACCUGCUUAUCGUGAUAUUGCUGAUCGAAUGGGUGUUCCAUAUUUACAACGUACACUUAGUUUACAAUUAACUGAACAUAUUCUUAAAUGUUUACCAGAUUUAAAACGUGAAUUACAAUCACGAUUUCGUGAUUUAUCAAAAGAAGUUGCUGAAUAUCGUGCAUCAGCUAUGUUUGAAAGUUCAUCAACAUCAGAUACAAAAGCACUUGUUGGAUUAACUCAUGAAUUACGUGAAGAUUUUGAUACAGCAUUGCAGGGUAAUAAUUUAAAAGAAGCUGAUUUAAAAACAUUAACAGGUGGUGCACGUAUUGCAAAUAUAUUUCGUGAACGUUUUCCAUUUGAAUUAGUUAAAGUUGAAUUACAAGAUAAAGAUAUGCGUAAUCAAACAGUUGUUGCAAUAAAAAAUAUUCGUGGUUUCCGAUCUGGUCUUUUUACACCAGAUGAAGCAUUUGAAUAUAUAGUUCAAAUGCAAAUAGCUAAAUUUGAAGAUCCAAUUAUGAAAUGUGUUGAUAUGGUUGCGUCAGAAUUACUUGCAAUUGUUCAUGAAGCAACUAGUAAAAUGAAACGUUAUCCUUUAUUAAGACAAUCGACAGAAGAUUUACUUAUGCAAUAUCUUAAAGAUAGAGAAAUGGCAACAAAACAAGCAUGUUCAGCCUAUAUUCAAACACAAUUAGCAUAUAUUAAUACAAAUAAUGAAGAUUUUAUUGGAUUUGCUAAUGCAGAAAAAUCCGUUAAUUCCGGUGAAACCAAACGACAUGUGACAAAUCAGAUUAUUCGUAAAGGAUUUCUUCGUGUUCAUACUGGUGUUAAAUUAUUUCAAGCAAAAGAUUUUUUCUUUGUUUUAUCAACGGAUAAUCUAUCUUGGUUUACAGAUGCAGAUGAAAAAGAUAAAAAAUAUAUGUUACCAUUAGAAAAUCUUAAAAUUCGUGAUGUUGAAGGUGGUUUUAUGGCUAAACGACCACAAUUUGCAAUAUUUCAUACUGAAGGAAAAAAUGUUUUUCAACAACUUAAAUCACUUCA